AGUUCCUGGGGCGGACUCGCUUAGCACCUCAGCCACCCGCCGGGAUUCCCUCUUCAGCCAAUCGCAUCUGAGCAUUGGGCAUGCCCCUAACAAAGAUGGCGAGGGAGGCCUCUGUGAGGGCAGGCUGAUUCAACACCCGAACCAGCCGCGGACAGCGAAGACAGUGGUAGCGGCGUGGCCCGACCAUGGAGGAGGGCGGCAGCGCCGGCAGCGGUGGCAGCGACAGCAGCACCGGCGGGAGUAGCGGGGCGCAGCAGAGGGAGCUGGAGCGCAUGGCUGAGGUCUUGGUCACCGGGGAGCAGCUACGGCUCAGACUGCAUGAAGAGAAGGUUAUUAAAGAUCGAAGACAUCAUCUCAAGACCUACCCAAACUGUUUUGUCGCAAAAGAACUGAUUGACUGGCUGAUUGAGCACAAAGAGGCUUCUGACAGAGAGACUGCAAUUAAACUCAUGCAGAAAUUAGCAGACCGGGGCAUUAUUCAUCAUGUGUGUGAUGAGCAUAAGGAAUUCAAGGAUGUCAAGCUCUUCUACCGCUUUAGAAAGGAUGAUGGCACCUUCCCAUUGGACAAUGAAGUGAAGGCCUUCAUGAGAGGCCAGAGGCUCUAUGAGAAGCUGAUGAGCCCUGAAAGCACACUCCUGCAGCCCAGGGAAGAAGAAGGUGUCAAGUACGAGCGCACCUUCAUGGCAUCUGAGUUCCUGGACUGGCUGGUUCAGGAGGGUGAGGCUACCACGAGGAAAGAGGCAGAGCAGCUGUGCCACCGGCUGAUGGAGCACGGCAUCAUCCAGCAUGUGUCCAACAAGCACCCAUUUGUGGACAGCAAUCUUCUCUACCAGUUCAGAAUGAACUUCCGUCGGCGGCGAAGGCUAAUGGAGCUGCUCAGUGAGAAAUCCCCCUCAUCCGAGGAGGCGCACGACAGCCCCUUCUGCCUGCGGAAGCAGGGCCACGAUAACCGGAAAUCGACCAGCUUUAUGUCUGUCAGCCCCAGCAAGGAGAUCAAGAUUGUGUCUGCGGUGAGGAGGAGCAGCAUGAGCAGCUGUGGCAGCAGCGGCUACUUCAGCAGCAGUCCCACCCUCAGCAGCAGCCCCCCUGUGCUCUGCAACCCUAAGUCUGUGUUAAAGAGACCUGUCACAUCAGAGGAACUCCUGACUCCUGGGGCUCCCUAUGCUAGGAAGACAUUCACGAUCGUGGGUGAUGCUGUUGGCUGGGGCUUCGUGGUUCGAGGAAGCAAACCAUGCCACAUCCAGGCCGUGGACCCCAGUGGCCCUGCCGCCGCAGCGGGCAUGAAGGUGUGCCAGUUUGUGGUCUCGGUCAAUGGGCUCAAUGUGCUGCACGUGGACUACCGGACCGUGAGCAACCUGAUUCUGACGGGCCCACGGACAAUUGUCAUGGAGGUGAUGGAGGAGCUGGAGUGCUGAGCAUACCCACGCCUCCCCUUCCCCGACCAGCCAAUGGCCAGGGCACCACAGAGCGAUGCAGGACCGACCCUUCCUCCACUGGCCAAGUGGACAGACAAGUGUUUCUCUGCACAUCCACAUCUGAAUCUGAGUUGCACACACUAUUUGAAUGUGGAACACCUGGGUAAUGCAUUUUUCAAAAAGAAAAACACAACUUAUGUAAGUGUAGAAAAAAACAAAAUUUUUCUUACAUGGUAGAAUCACCUUACUUGACUUCUCUUGGUGGUUCUCCCUCUUUAUUUCAUUUUAUUAUUAUUAUUAUGUUUUAAUCUUAGUGCACAGGAAACUGUUGAGAACGUCUCUAGCCCAAACAGCCCCAUGCUACAGUUAUCACAGACUUUGAGUUGGCCUCUCACCAAGAUGGGCUGUUUAUUGGAGGAUAUAGUGUUCAACAAGCUUCAAAUGAAAGCAACAUCCAAAAUAAUGUUAAAUGUUAAGGAAGAACUUGUAGAAGGUUUUAAAGCAUUCAAGUGCUUAAAAGCCAUUAAAAAAUACUUUCUUAAUUCCUGCCUUUCAUAUUAACUUUUAAAAUGUCUGCAGUGAUGGUAUUAGUUAAAAAACAAAAACUUAAUGAUGAUGUGGGUAGAGAAGAUAGGGAGGAAUAUUUAAAUGGUUUCUUCUGUUUUCUCUUUCUGGGCCUAAAUCAUUUGGUUUCAUCAGUUAACUGCAGCAGUUUUCUAGAAUUAAUCUGAGUUAAAUGUCAAAUCAGAGAAGAUUGUAUAUGCACAUAUAAAUUCAAAGUCAAGCCUUCUGACAAGAUUUCACUUUGAAGUUGUCCUAUUUGAAGAGACAUAUUCUUUAUGUUGGCCCAUAUGUGACAAAACUUGAAACUCUAAGUUGCCUAAUUAGGCCUCAUUUUUUUAUAGCUUUCUAAUGUACCAUGUUCUAAUUACAUGAAAUGCUGCUUAUGUGGAGGGAUUGAUUUUCCCUCAAAUCACUCUUAUGUUGUGACUUUUUGGCUCAUUUGUCUAUAGGCAUAUGUGCAUUUGUGUGAUUGUUUUUUUGAUCUAGAAAAGAGUGCAUUUGGGGAUGUGGUUUGUAGAGAAAAUUCCUGUGUGCCAAAUUAGGGUGUCAGAGAACACCGAAUUCCUCAUGAUUUAAAUAAUGCAUUCUGAUUUAUCUCAUGUGUUAAAAGAACAUAUGAAUGUUGUACCUCAGUCACUUUUGUGAUAGGCUAUCAUAACAUGCUGGUACUGGUAUAAUGGACAUACCGUGCUAAACAUUUGACAUACAUGUUUUGGGUGAUCCAGCCUUUUUAUGUAGCUAUUUAGUCAGAGAACAGAAUUUUGAAAUCAUCGAGCCAUCCAACAUUACCUUUGACGAGCACAUUGCCUCUGUAUGUAUCUGCAUUUACUCUGUCCUUGAGACCCUGGCUAUGGCAUUUAACUUCUAGGAUAUUCUGUAAUCCUCCAUGCAAGCCUGUCAGAUCAGUAUUAUCACCCUCAUUUUUCAGAUAUGGAAAUAAAAUCUAAGCAAGUUUACAAAGAUCGUCUAAGUUCACACCCCUGCAAGAGUUGCUCCAUGACAGAAACUGGAUUCAAACGUAGAUUUAUGUCAUUCUAAAGCCCAUGUUUCUCCACCUCUCCCCGCAGAUGCUAUGCUGAAACUACAUGUUACUUCUCCUUUAUAAUCUGUAGAGUCUAGGUGCUCACUGUCCCCAUUUCCCAGCUGAGGACACUGGCUGGGAUCACUUAUACAGUUGAGGCCAAACAAGUAAGUUUGGGAAACAUUACAAUUCAGCCUUUUUAAAUAAUUUUUUAAACAUCUUUGGAAGAUGAGUCUUAAAUCCUAGGUAGUCAUUCAUUGACAAAAGACGAAGACACGCCUUUGGGGAGCGGUAUCUCCUCACACGCUGCUGGUACAGUUUACACUCCUCCUAACGCCCCUUUUGGGACCUGGUGUGAUACCACACCCCUUAGGCAAUCUGAGCACCAGAGAUCACCUGUCUGUCUGCUCCACACAGCUCCCUGUCUGUGAGGUUGCUGUGAUUCAGAGAGUGUUAAUGUCUUUGAUUAAAUGAAUACUGAGGUGAAGGAGAGGAGGAAGGAAGACAGGGAGGGCAGGUGUCGCAUGGUGCAAUGCCAUCCUGAUAGAGAAACGGGAGUCAUGGAGCAGGUUGCAUAAUGCGGGAUGCUGCUGACGAAUGAGAUCCGGGCCUUUUUAUUGAUAGAAACGAUGUAGGAAAAAGGAAAAGGGGAAGGGCGGAUCUGUCAUCAGUAGUAUAAGGGGCUGGGAGCUGCCCUCCAGGUGCUUCUCUUCUGCUUGAUGACUCGGGAUUGUAACCGAGAUCUAGCCCUAGUUCCCUGGUGAGGGCUUUAACAAUGAGGUGUUCCCCUGAUCGGCUUCUGGGGUCCUUUGACAUACAUCAGUCCUCAGUCUCCUGGGUGUUCCCAGACAUACGUAGUGUUGUAUGAGUCGGAAGUAAGUUUGUGCAUUGUCAUCAUCCCCUAGGCAUUCCCGGUCACACCUCUGAUGCGCACCCUUCCCGGGGUGAUCAAGCUUUCUGCUCUUGAUUUAUUUGAAAGGCCCCUUGUAGGUCUGGCUCCUGUGACUGAUGAACCAGUUUCUGAAAGGCAGUUCUGACCUUGUCUAGGAAUGCAGAGCUGCAGGUAGCAAAAUGAUGGCCCAACAGGCCACUUAGGAUUAGCAGACCCACAGGCAGGAAAGAAGGAAGAAAGGAGGGAGGGGAGAAACGAAGGUGAAUGAGUGGGAGGGCGAGAGUAGAGAGGGAGGGUGAGCUGGAGGGGAGAGCUGUUUGCUUCCUUGGCUGUCAUUACCGUCAGUUUCAAGGCCUGAUGCCAGAGAUUCUGCUAAGGUUCAGAGCACUUGGCCUUAGCCCACCCUGUAGCCUACCUCUGACAUUGUCGUUGCAUUAAGUAUCUUACAUCUUCAUUCAAUAAAGCUGAGGGGAAAAAAUGAAAGUUCUCCUGCUCCCCAGGGAGGCCCAUCUAGCUCAUCCUAGUCUUUGCAUUUACAGUUUUUCCUCCACAGAAUAUCCUUCUUUGAUGAAAAUGGCCACCCAUAGACAUUAUACCUGCCUGAGAAAGUUUUGCUAACUCCCUAGCUCUAGGAUUGAUGUCCCUGCUCUAAGCUCCCAUGGACCCUGGUGCACCUAUUCUCCAGGCUUGGUUUAGCACCAAAGACACUUGCGAACCACAGCAACCCCUCACCUGCCAGAGAAGUAGGGAUCCACUAUCCCAUUGCUCUUCCAGGAAGCCACCCCCAAGAUGUGCUUAUACCAACACUGGUUCUUGGUUGGGGAUCAUAGGGGUAAGCAGUUUGGGUAGAAUUCUGCCGGGAGGGCACUCCCGCUCUACAUGGUGCCGGCUGGGUUCACAAACACUUCUGUGGUCAGUGAGUAGAUGGGGUGGGGGUUGACUUGAAUGAUUUCCAGGCAAGGAUCCCCCAAGCCUGCUUGGAAGAUUACUGCUGUAGCAAUUUGUUGGCAAAAUCCCCAAACUAGACCAGGUAGGGAAACAAGACUACUUUUUUUUUCUGAGAGGAGCUGCAAAGAACGUGUGGCCAUUUUUAGUACUCAGUAUUUUUCAAGAAAUGACCAAGAAAUGGCCUGGUUAUGAAGAUUAAACUAUCUAGAUGGCAAGUUACUGACCAGCUUUUGGGUAGCAGCCUCAUGUGAAGUUGUGAAUGGAGCCCAGUGUUUCUUCAAAGUCAGAAAAUCCUAAAAUAGAACCUAAGAGAGCACAGACAGUCUUCUCUAAGUGGUGAAGACCCCAGCUCUCCAGGGGAGCUAUAGUCAGGGGAACUGUGGUCGAGCACAGCCAUGCAAGUGGAGGAGGAAGUGGUGAAAAUACACUGUGGACUUCCCUGGACUCAUUACGUGCAGGUGAUGGCCUGACCCUGUGAAGGUCAAGGGCAAAUGAUCUACUUGAUUCACGACUUGGGUGGUUAAGUCACAUCACAUACAAGAAUAAGUAUUUUGUGUAAUAUUUCAACAAUUGCUUUAAUAAUUAAACAUCUUCUUUCAUAAAUGUAGCACCAAGAAGUAGUCCAAAUUAGCAAUAAGCAAUAUUUCUAAGAGCUUUUAUUUCACGUGUGUGUGCCUGUGUGUAUCUGUGUUUUGUUUGUGAAGUUUAAAUAACGGAGGACUCUGCAAUGGCUUGCUUUGUUUUCACAGAGCAUUCUUUUGAAUUUUUAGGGCUUUGUGUAAAUUUUGGUGAUGGAGAUGAAGAUAGGAUUUGUUUCUUUGUUAGCAUAGUAUGUGAUAUCAGUGCAAAUUUAAAAGCCAUGUUUGUUAAUUCUGCUGUAGAGGAAAAAAUGCAAUUGCCUUUUAGAUUGGUAUUGUUAUGGAUGUUUUAUUAGUAAUCUAUAAAAUAAUUGUAUAAACUGAUAAAGGGAGUAGACAAAAAUGGAUAAUUUCAUGAUAUCCAUUUUUGAGUAGAUAAGAUGUGAUCAACUUCACACCUUCCUAUACAAUCCAUUGGAGUAGUAAUUGAUUUAAAAAUCACUGUUUUCAAUUCAAAAGUUUCACAUUUCCAAAUACUCCUUUCUUUUGAAUAUAUUGUGAAAAUAAUCUGCUUUUAGGAGAUAUUUUAACUAAUGAUGUUCAUUAAUCCCUCCUAUUGAAGAUUGAUCAUGUUUCAUUUUGAUUAUAAGUGAUCAAAUAAGUCUAGAACAUUUCAGUUUUAUUGAUUGUUUAGUCUAUUGCUGCCAUUGACUAUGGUUUUACUCCCUUAAGGUAGACUUUAUAAUGUAAUGUUUUUCUUCAGUUCAAUACCAAAAAGACAAAUCUGCCGUGUGCCAAAAUGAAGUUCAUCAUCAAAGUUAGCAUAUAGUAUUGUCAUCCGCACUAGUAUGUGUGUUUAAUGUUUGUUUUAAAUUCAUUUAAAAUUUAUUUUCUCCUCUUCUUAAAAAUUGUAGUCAACACUUAAAAUUAUUAUGUGAAAAUAGAUUAUAGAGCAUGAAGUAAAUGUUAAAAAUUUGAAAUAAAUGACUUUAGGAUUUCAGCUUUUCCUAACUUUUAGAGCAAAUUAGCCAUUUUUUUGAUCUUAAGAGAGGGUUGUAUUAUGAAGAUGCUCUACCAACCUGAGAAAACACAGAAGACGCCUCUAAUUCUCUAAGUAGCCCAAAGUGCCAUUUGUAAAACUACUUAAUGAUGGAUGUUUUCUCAACCUCUUUGGCUUGAAAACAAAAGUGCAUUAAAAAGUUUUUUCUUUA